AUGCCCGCUCCCGCUGGUCCAUCGAGGACAAAGGGCGACAUCUUGCGGUUUAGCACCCACAAGCACCUCCGCCAGCGUCUGGUCCUCGCCAUCCUCUCGGGUCGCUCCAUCCGCGUCGACGGUAUUCGUUCUGACGACGUCCACGUCGGUCUGCGCGAGUAUGAGAUCAACUUGCUCCGUCUCGUCGAGAAGAUUACCAACGGCAGUACCAUUGACAUCAACCUCACUGGUACCUCGUUCAUCUUCCACCCGGGAUUGCUGCCCGGCGGCAACGUGACGCACAACUGCCACCUGGGCCGGUCAGUCGGCUACUACCUCGAGGUCAUUGUCCCGCUCGCGCCGUUUUGCAAAAAGCCCUUGACAGUCACCCUCAACGGCAUUACCGGUGAGGAGGGCCGUGACCUGAGCGCCGACGCCGUGCGUACCGUCACCUUGCCGCACCUGCACCUGUUUGGCGUGAGCGACGGGCUCGAGCUGCAGAUCAAGAAGCGCGGCUCGGCGCCCGGCGGCGGCGGCACGGUCGUGUUCAAGUGCCCGAUCGUGCGGUCGCUCAAGACGCUCAACUAUGUGGACCGCGGCCGCGUGCGCAAGAUCCGCGGCAUUGCAUACUCGACCCGUGUCUCGCCCCAGUUCGCCAACCGCAUGGUCGAGGCCGCCCGUGGCGUGCUGAACCGCUACAUUCCCGACAUUUACCUCUACACGGACGUGUACAAGGGCGAGGACUCGGGCAAGUCGCCCGGCUACGGCAUCACCCUCGUGGCGCAGUCGACGACCGACGUGCUCCACUCGGCAGAGAGCCUGAGCACCGUUCCGGGCGUGGACAAUGGCGUCGCCCAGACCCCCGAGGACAUUGCCACGCACGCGGCCCGCCUCCUGCUCGAGGAGGUCUGCCACGGCGGCUGCGUCGACGCCAAGCACCAGUGGCUCGUCCUCCUCCUCAUGGUCCUGGGCAAAGAGGAUGUCGGCAAGUGUCUCAUGGGCGACCUCACGGCGCACACUGUCCAGUUCCUGCGCGACCUCAUGGCCUUUUUCGGUGUCAAAUUCAAGGUCACCCCGGCACCCCGCCACAACGACAAGGCGGCCGAGGGCGACGAGGACAGCGCCGCGCCCGACUCGGUCCGCGCACCGGGAACCGGCGAGGUGUUUGUCUCGUGCGUCGGUGUCGGAUACAGCAACGUCAACAGGGCAAUGGCAUAA